AUGAAUUUUAUUGAAAAUCUUCUUAAAACUAAUUCACAUGUACAUAUACAUAAUGAUAAACGAGUUUAUGUUGAACAAACUAUUCAUUCAUUAAUAAAUGAUGGACGAAAAAUGUUACAUGUUGUAGCUGAUUUUGAUUUUACAUUAACUAUGUAUGAAAAAAAUGGAGUUGUUUUACCAUCAACAUAUGCUGUUAUUGAAAAUGACGAUCGAGUUACAUUACCCGAUGGUUCAUUAAUUCGUAUUCAAGCUGAUCAAUUACGUUCAAAAUAUCACCCAAUUGAACUUGAUGUUUCUAUGAGUGUAGAAGAAAAAAUUCCUUAUAUGAUUGAAUGGUGGCAUAAAGCUCAAUCACUUAUUAUUUCAUCAACUCUUGAUAAAUCAAUGUUACGUAAUCUAGUUUAUCAAUCAAAACUAGAAUUAAAAAAAGGUGUAAAUAAAUUCAUUACGGAUUUAUUAUGUAGUGAUACUCCUAUUCUCAUUUUUUCAGCUGGGUUAGGUGAUGUUAUUGAAAUUUUUCUUGAAAAAGAAAUUCCUGAAUUUAAACAUAAUCAUGAAUUAUCACACAUUAUUUCAAAUUUUAUUCAAUUUGAUACAAAUGGAAAUACAAACUCAUUUAAUAAAAAACUUAUUCAUACAUUUAAUAAAAAUGAACAAGAAAUUCAUCAUACACCUUAUUAUCAUUCAAUUCUUAAUCGUCCAAAUGUUAUUCUUUUGGGUGAUACUCUUGGUGAUGUUGGAAUGAUUGGUGGAAUGAAAAAUCUAAAACAUAUACUCAAAAUAGGAUAUUUAAAUUAUAGUACGUCAACAAAAUUAGAAGUUUAUAAAAAUAUUUAUGAUAUUGUUCUCUGUGAUGAUCAAACUUUCGAUGUACCAAAUCUCAUAUUAAAAGCAAUUUAA